AUGUCUGGUCGCGAUAAACCGCCGAAGGACUCGCCUUCCUCAUCGUCGACGCCUUCCCGUCGAAGAAGUGAAUCUACGAUAUCCUUACCACCGCACGAUCACCAUCGGCCCGUGACCCGUCAGAGUUUGAGGAAUCAGCGGCCUGUCCUCAUCGUUCCACCGGAGCUGGUUCAACGUGGAAAAAGAACUGUGAAGGUCCAUGAAAUUUCGCGAGCUUCCAUACGAAAGCUGGCUGUUCGAGCGGGAGUGCAGCGGCUACGCAAAGAUGUGUACGAAGAAUCGCUGCAAUUUCUCGAGACUUUCCUAGACGAUAUCAUCUAUGACAUUAUCCAGUACUGUACCCAUGCAAAAAGAAAAGUAAUUCAUGUCGAAGACGUCAAGAACGCUCUGAAGCGACGUGGUUUGUGUGUCUAUGGAUUUGAUGAUUAA